AUGAGUUUGGUGUCGAUUUUUCAGGCGUAUGAUGCUUCCAAGUUGCGAAUUUCGGAGAAUGAGGCUCCGGAUGAGAAGGCUAUAUACACUGUGGCGUCCAAGACUGUGAAUGUGAGGGUUCAGAGAGCUGUUGAUCCGGAAGUGUCUACAUUGCUUGAUGAUAGUGAUGCGGCGUCGCGGUUUGGUUCUGAUGAUGAGGAUUUGGAGGAGGAUUUUGUGAUUAAGGCUAACCUUCCUGAUGGAGAUGAAGAGGAGAAGGAGGAGGAGGAAGAGGAGGAUGUUUGUGUAGGUGAUGGGCCAAGUUUUGUUGAGCAGUCGGAGAGCGAGAAUGUAAGCAAUGAAGUUGGUGUAGUUGGAAGGAAUUGCGUGGAGAGGGGAAAGACUGAGUUUUUGGUGAAUCAUCCACGAGCUCGGAGGGAUGUGGAUGAUGAAUUUGAUAUGGUUUUAAAUCGGGAGUAUGAUAAUGACGAUGAUGAGGAUGACUAUGAUGGUGGUGAUCAUGACGAUGGUUAUUUUUAUGGAGAUGAAGAGGAUAAAUCCAUUGAAGAGAAGCUCAAGAACGUCAAACUUAAUGACUGCGUGAAGGAUGACUUUGAACUUAAUGAAUAUGAGGUGCCGGGAGAUGGUGAGGAGAUACAAAAAACAAAGCAGCUUGGGAAGAUAUAUGAGAAUGAAGAUCAAGAGGAUGAGGUGGUAAUAGUAGAGGAAUCUAGUGAUGAAUCAGAAAAGUGGGACUGUGAGACUGUUGUUACUACAUAUUCAACUCUCGAAAACCAUCCUGCAAAAAUUGGAGCUCCAGAACUAAAUAGAAAGAAGAAGCAACUUUCAGAAACCGUUUUUAAAGGCUUGGAUGCGUCAAAUACUUUGAUAAAGCUUGGAGGUAAACAGAGGCUGCCUGUGGACUUCUUGCCUGGUAAUAGAAAACCUGCUGCUGCUGCUACAGAGAAGGUGGAAGAUACAGGUAGCUUGAAAACUGAGCAGCAGAAAAGGAAGCAACAUGGUCAGGAGUCAAAGGAGGAGAAGAAAGAGCGGAAGGCGGUUGUCAAGGAGGAAAGACGUGAAGCACGGUGUGCUAAAAAGGAAUUGAAGGAACUUUACAAGGGUGAAGCGCAACAUGCUCAGAGAAUAGCUGCUAUAUCUGGCCCUUCUUCCAAGCGUCUGAUGUGA